GAGAGUGUAAUGUAUCAGCCAUUCAGAGAGAGCAGAUCUGGCCUCAAAUCAUUUAAUAUUUUGAAGUCAAGGACAAAUUCCUCACUGGAUAUCCAAAGAUGCCUUUUCUCCCACUGGGUUUGUGAGGAGCCAAAGGAAAACCAUCCAAUUUAACCACCCUUAAACCAGGCUGGUGACCCAUCCCUGACCAAAGGUUAUCUGUGGAUUUUAUUGUUACUUUGAAAGGACUACAUUUCCAGCAAGCAGUUACCUUGGAAGCUAUAGAAUUCAGUAGGAGAAAAUGAAUGAACUGAGAGGGGUCAACUACACUGAGGUCACAGAAUUCAUCCUGGUUGGACUUUCCAAUCAGCCCAAAAGUCAAAUCAUCUUCUUCUGUAUCUUGCUCCAUCUCUAUCUGGGAACCAUCGUGGGAAAUAUGCUCAUCAUUCUGGUAGUGUGGAAAGAGCCUCGACUUCACACCCCAAUGUAUUUCUUCCUUUGCAAUCUGUCCUUUGUUGACCUGUGUUCUACCACUACUGCAGUGCCUCUGACACUAGUCAACUGCCUGAGAGACUGCCCCAUUAUCACCUACAAUGACUGCUUCGCCCAAAUGACCAUCUCCAUCUUCUGGGGCAUCACCGAGUGCUGCCUAUUGGCUGUCAUGGCUUACGACCGAUUUGUCGCCAUAUCUUACCCCCUGCGUUACCCGCUGAUCAUGACAAUGAGGGCUUGUUUCUACAUUGCUGCUACUAUGUGGAUAAGUAACUUCCUGUUGGCCCUAAUUCCCGUGAUCACCAUACCGGUUCGGUUUUGUGCAGGGAACAAUGUAGUGAACCAUUUUGUAUGUGAGGUUGAAGCCGUCCUAAAGCUGGUCUGCUCGGACACCACUGUCAGUGAGAUUCUGAUGUUGAUAAACUCGAUCUUCAUCUUCCCCCUCCCCUUUCUGUUCAUCCUCCUCUCUUAUAUCCGGAUCGUGGUGGCCAUCUUGAAAAUCCCCUCCACAGCUGGGCGGAGGAAAGCUUUCUCCACCUGUGGAUCGCACCUGACUGUGGUGACCAUCUACUAUGGGACCCUCAUCUCCAUUUAUCUCAAACCUCAAAACAAAGACAGCAAGGACCAGGACAAAAUCAUCUCUAUAUUUUAUGGAAUAGUGAUCCCCAUGAUGAACCCUCUCAUUUAUACGUUGAGAAACAAGGAUAUGAUAGGGGCCUUGAGAAAGGCUGUUGGGAAAACCAAGCAAGUAAGGCUGUCAGUAUGUGAAUUCUAAGACAUAUAAUGCUGAGUUGAGGCUGACUUGAGAAACAGGUAUAAUUCAUUACAGGAGAGAAACAAACUAGAAUUGAUCCAUAAGGGCAUUCGGAGGGCCCGGAUUCAAAGUCUGGCUCCCCCA